UGGUUGUCAAAUUUUCGCGGAUUUUUGUUGUUAUUUCUGCUGCAGCUGUGUCUCGAAUAGACGUUGUAUGCCAUUUUCCUUCUAAAUUUCCGUGGUGUAUAAAUUAAUUGUAACGUUUUGUGAAACUGAAAAAAAACUUUGUCUAAGGUUCACGUAUAUUCUACGGAUUUUACUUGAUAGCAUCCAAUCGAACGUUAAACAUGGACGCAAAUAAGGAGGAAGUUACUGGAUCGGAAUCUGCCAUGAACAAUUCGUCGGUUACAAUGGUUGAUGUUUUAAACGAGCAGCUCGAACAAGAAGCGGAAAGUGAUGCGGUUCUAGGCGGGUCUGAUGAUAAAAAUUGCACUUAUGCAAAGGGAUACAUCGAGCGGCAAGCUUUGUAUGCUUGCCUGACGUGCUUGCCAGAGUCCCGAGUCAACGAAGAAAAACGAGCUGGAGUUUGUCUGGCCUGUUCCUAUCACUGUCACGAAGGUCACGAACUGAUCGAAUUGUACACGAAGCGGAAUUUUCGGUGCGACUGUGGAGGAAAACGUAUGCCAGAUGUACGUUGCAAACUAGAUCCAUUGAAGCUUGAGGCAAACAAUGAAAAUAAGUACAACCAAAACUUCAGUGGUCUUUACUGCACUUGUAAGAGGCCUUAUCCCGAUCCGGAGGACAACGUUCCAGAUGAGAUGAUUCAGUGUGUCGUAUGUGAGGAUUGGUAUCACACUCGUCAUUUGGAUAGUGAUUUACCAGAAAAUACAAAAGAUUUCGCUGAGAUGAUAUGUGGCGGAUGCAUGGAGAGAGUCACAAUCCUGAAAAACUACGUGGGAAAAAUUGAGACCGGCAAUCGGACUUUACUGGACGAUACUCUUCAAGUGGAUGUGACAGGAUUGGACGAGUCUUCCGCAACAGUUGACACAAGCGUUGUACAUGACGGAGCCCAGAAAUUGGACGAUCCUCAAAACGAUGAGAACCAAAGCAAACGCCCGAAAUUGGAUAUUUGCACAAAACCUCAGCUAGAGCAGGAGGUAGGUGUCUAUAAGAAAGGAGCAACUUUCUGGAACGACGGUUGGCGGCUACAUCUCUGUCGUUGCUCUGAUUGUUCGGACAUGUAUAAACAGUUUAAUGUUGAAUUUCUACUCAACGAAAAGGACACUGUACAGUGGUACGAAGAGAAUGGUCGAACGAAGACGGAAACUCAGGGCAGCUCGUAUGAGCAGGGAAUGAGGGCGUGGAACCAAAUUGGACGUUUUCAGCAGGUGGAAAUUUUAACCGGUUACAAUCGUAUGAAAGAGCGAUUGAGAGAUUUUCUGGAUACGUUUGUCAGCAGUCAGCAGGUGGUGACUGAGAAAGACAUUACAGAGUUUUUCGCCAAGCUGAAUCGAGAAAAGCAGGAUAGUGCUGGAUCGCCCUCUUAUUUCUGUCGCUAGUUGAAAACAAAAGCUACGGAUUUUUUCUGCUGAUAUUUCAAUAAUCUGUUUAUAAAUGUUAAUACAGUAUUCUGUAAAUGGUCAUGGUUACAAGACUUACAAUAAAAUGAUAUCCCAAGA